GCCGAUCCGGCGCGUAGUGGAGACAAACCCCGAUUUAUCGCCUCAAGGACCGAUUGCUGCCUGCCGAUCCGGCGCGUAGUGGAGACAAGCCCCGAUUUAUCGCCUCUAGGACCGAUUGCUGCCUGCCGAUCCGGCGCGUAGUGGAGACAAGCCCCGAUUUAUCGCCUCUAGGACCGAUUGCUGCCCGCCGAUCCGGCGCGUAGUGGAGACAAGCCCUGAGAAAUGCCCCAGUUUCCCCAGCUGGAGCAAUAGGUGUGAGAAAGGGGGCGGGAGCCAGGAGAGGUCAAGGUGACUGGGACACGCCUUGGCUGUGAGGGUGAAAUGAGUAGCUAUGAUUGGUAGGGACGGUGGGGGAGCAAAAUGGAAAGAUACAAAGAGUGGAGUAUGGAGGAGUGAAUUGGGGGGAUGCGUGGGGGAAAGGAACUGGGUCUCUAACGGGGGCCUGAAGCAGAAGGAUUGGAUUUAGGAGUCACAUGGAGAGGAGAAUUGGAAGAUGCUGUGGGCUGGGAAUCAGGCUGGAGCCUGGGGGUCUGAGACGCAGGAAAUGUUGUUCCUUUCAGGAGUAUAAGGAGGGGUGCAGUGUCUGCUCCCAGAGCCAUACAGCAGCACUGGGGUACUCUACCAGCAACUCCCAGGGUGUGUGGAGGGACAGAUUGCCGUUGACAGUGCAGAUCUGAGCGAAUGAAUGAGUUGGUUUGUAGAACUGCCGAAUGACCCUCUCAGGGAGAAGCAAGAAUUUUGUUUGAAGUUCCUAUUCCUUUCCCGAGAUCAAAACUAACUAACCAAGUCUGUAGUUAAGCCAAUAGUGUGUUCAGUUGGCAGUGUCCCUGUGUGAAACCUGCCCCAGAUGACCCACUGGCUUCCGAACUACAGCUGCGAAACAUACGCUGCCUGAUUCAAAGGGGAAUGGCCAGAGACACCUCUGCCCAAGUAGAGCUUUGACAAUGAAGUGCUUGGACUGUUUUGCUUGUGGACAGAGGAUAAAGUGAUGGAUUCUAGUGUAACCUGUGUCUCUCCUGAACUGUGUAACCUGUUUCAAACCAGCUGUAUUUAAAACAUUGCUUAAUGGCAGUGUUACUGUCUAACUCUCCCUGCUGCACCUGGGAGAAGCUUUUCCUGGGGAUUUCCUAGUCUCAUCUGAGUGACACUGAAGAGCUCUGAUUUUGUAUCUUGCAGCUGCUGUUGGCUAUGUUUGACAUUGCUGUCUAGCUCUCCUGAGGAGUAGUGGGAGGAGCUAGCAGGAUGGCAGAAGUUGCUGUAGAAGGACGUGAUGAGGGACAACGACAAGACUUUGAUCUCACUGGCAAACCAGACAUUGUGUCCCUGAUUGAACGAGAGGAAGAGCCAUGUGUCUGGGCUCACCAGGAUUCAAGGGAAAGAGGCUUUUCUAAAGGGGUCUCCUCUGCAGAUAAUGGAAUCAAGUGGAAGACUGAAGAGAAUCAUCAGCAGGGAAAUUCUGAGGGUUUGGCAGAGCACAGGAAUUUAUCACAAAGAGAGAAAGCAAAUAGCUCUGAUGAGGGAAAUACAUGUGAGAGUAAACACAGACCAGCCGGCCAACACAGGAACAUAGAGGAUGAGAGCCUGGAGAAAUCCAAACCAAAUGAAAGACCUUUCAGCAAAUGCCAAAACAUUCCUAUCCGCACAGGAGAGAGACCCCAUAAAUGUACUGAGUGUGACAAAAGCUUCACUCGCCGCUCACAUCUUCUUCAGCACCAGAGAAUCCACACGGGAGAGAGGCCCUAUAAAUGUACCGAGUGUGAGAAAAGCUUCAGACAGAGAUCAGAGCUGAUUGAUCAUCAGCGAACGCAUACUCAAGAGAAACCCUACAAAUGUGACAAGUGUGGGAAAAGGUUCAUUCGGAGCACACGGCUUAUUCAGCAUCAAAAUGUUCACAAUGGCGUGAAACCCCACAAGUGCCCCCAAUGUGAGAAAAGUUUUAGCUGGAUCUCAUCAGUUAUUAAACACCAGAGAGUCCAUACAGGUGAGAAACCCUAUAAAUGCACCGACUGUGAGAAAACCUUCAGCUGGAGCUCGACCCUUAUAAAGCAUCGGAGACUCCACACAGGAGAGAGACCCUAUAAAUGCUCUACCUGCGCAAAGUGUUUUGUACAGAGUGCAAAUCUUAUUAAACAUCAGAGAAUCCACACAGAACAGAAACCCUAUACAUGUGGGGAAUGUGAGGAAACCUUUCUGAUCAGGUCUCAUUUCAUUUUGCAUCAGAGAAUGCAUACAGGAGAGGAACUCUACAAGUGCGAUGGCUGUGAGGAGUGGUUUGGUCUUGUCUCGGACCUUCAUAAACAUCAGAAGAGCCACACAGGAAAGAAGCCCUAUAAAUGCUCCGAAUGCAACAAAAGCUUCAACAAGAGUUCAAAUCUUAUUAAGCAUCAGAGAAUCCACACGGGAGAGAGACCCUAUAAGUGUCCUGACUGUGAUAAAAGCUUCAUCCAGAGCUCUCACCUGAUCCUCCAUCAGAGAGCGCACAGGGGAGAAAAACCCUACAAAUGCCUGGACUGUGAGAAAAGUUUCCACCAGAGCUCCCAUCUCAUUCAGCACCAGAGAGUCCACACGCAAGAAAAACCCUUUAAAUGUCCUGAGUGCAAGAAAAGUUUCAGCCGAAGCUCAGUGCUAAAUAAACACAAACUAAUCCACGUGGAAGACCAGAGCUAUAAAUGCAGCCAGUGUGAGGAAACCUUCAACAGCAACUCCCGCCUUCUUCAGCACAAGAGAACCCACCAUGUGGCAAGACCUUACACAUGCCCUUGCUGUGAGAAGAGUUUCAGUCGCAGUUCACAGCUUAUGCUCCAUCAGAAAAACCACACAGCAGAGAAACCUUACAAGUGUGCUGACUGUGACAAAGGCUUCAUUUACAGCUCACAUCUAAUUCAACAUCAGAGAACUCACACUAGAGAGCGACCUUAUAAAUGUCCGGUGUGUGAGAAAAGCUUCAUUCAGAGCUCACAUCUCCUUCAGCAUCAGAAAAUCCACACGGGGGAGAGACCUUUUAGAUGCAGUGAUUGUGAGAAAACCUUCAGUCGGAGCUCCAACCUUAUUAAACACCAGAGAACUCACACCAGGGAGAACCUGUAAGAGAUGCUUCCAUGUGAACGCCACACUCUUGACUAUAAGAGUAUUCACACAGAAGGAAAAUCCUAUAAAUAUUCCAUGGGUGAGAGAACCUUCAGUCAGAAAUGUCAUGUUGUCCUUCAACUUCACUAUA